AUGCCACUCGCUUCGCUGCUCUACUUGACACCUUUGCGGAUUUUGAAGAGUGUGGCUGGAAAAAUCGAGUGGGUGCUUAAAAACCUGGUCAACUUUUUAGUUGCUACUGACAUCAGGAAAGACAUAACAAACAAGGACACUAGAAAGGAGAAAGAAGCCAAUGCGGACGGUUUCAAGAGUAAACCCAAGGCUGUUGGAGCUGCAAGAGCCCUUUUUCCAGCGGUGAACAAUGUUGAUGACUCGCUGGACGGCACAACGGGUCCUGUUCCGUGUUCACUGGACCUUUCAAGACUUCAAAAACCACUGUCAAUGGUUAAGACAUCUGACGGUCACUUUGAAUGGCGGCUGACUGAAGGUUCGAUGGGUUUGGACGAAACUGAGCAUGCCAUGUGUGAAGAAUCGGUUUCUCCAGGAAGUAGUACUACUACACCGAAAUCGAUGGAAGCUGACAAAGGCCCUGUGGCGUCUUCGGAAUCCAGAAGGUUUGUGUGUCAUCUUUGUCACGCAGAGUUCCACAUGAGGGGUUACUUAACCCGUCAUCUCAAGAAACAUGCCGUGGAAAAGGCGUACAGAUGUCCAUUUUACAAUAGCACUCUACCGAAGGAACAGCGUUGUCACAGACAUGGUGGAUUCAGCAGAAGAGACACGUUCAAGACACAUUUGAGGUCUCGGCACUUUAUAUUUCCCAAGGGAGUCAAAAGUAAGGACAGACCCAAGAGCUUUGGUGUUUGUGCACAUUGUAAUGCUUUUUUCGAAAAUACUGAAGAUUGGAUUACAAACCAUGUUGAGUCCGGGGAGUGUAAGGGAUUGCCCGAAGGCUUCAAAGUCACAGAGAAAGCUGCUCGCAAGUCGGGCAAACUGAAGAAGAUCAUUACUGCUGAUGGGAAGUCGAGGUUUAUAUCCACCAGUCAGACUUUGGUGGACCAAAAACUUACAGACCACAAGACUUGUGCUGAAAGUGGAGAGGUCUGUACGGAUGAAUCCGGCACUCCCGAGAAUAUGGGUUCAGUACAGUCUGUCACGUCGACAAGUAACGAGCGCAAAUUAAACUUGAGGUAUGAAGAUAUGAUCUGGGACGCAGCGGUUCCCUUCGGAAAGAGCAAGAAUCCUGACACGAAAAGUCCUGGAUUCUCUACAGGUUCUAGCCCUGCCGUCGCAGGACACCAGCUGAGCGCUGCGUCCAGUUAUGCAUUGAAUUUUUUCACUCCACCUAAAUCCACACCAUUGGACGAAGGCUACCUCUCUGUAGACCCUUCCCCUACUGAUGAUGCGGGCUUGGAAACCGUAAAAUCCGCAUCUUCGGCAUCAUCUCGUGUGUCAUUUAGCGAAACCCAGGAAAAGGCGUCUGGAAUGCAGGUCAAUCCGCGUGACGACAACGCUGAUGCGUAUUUCCAAUUUCCGCUGGAUUUCGAUCAGUGUCCGAUGAGCUUUACGAUUUCCGAACCACAGCAAAAGGGGUUCAAGUAUGUCGACUCUGUGGAUAUUCAAACCUCACGACUGUGCGAUUCUUUGGAUAAACAGAUGGAGGCUUCUGCCCUGAACGAUAAAAAUCUGCGAGAAAAUCAGCAAUAUUUGAAUUUGUACAACCACACUUUCAACUCUCAUCUGUGA